AUGUUAGCCAUAGAACAUAGAACCUUCUACUACUUGGAGCUGACGGGGAUCAGCGUGGGCGGGACGAAGCUGGCGAUCCCGCCGUCAGCGCUGGCGAUGGACUCGGACGGCUCCGGGGGCGUCAUCCUGGACACGGGCACGGCGGUGAGCCGGCUGAACAAGCAAGUGUACGAGCCCCUGCGGGAGGCGUUCGUGAAUGGGACGCGCCACCUGUCGCCGGGGACGGGGCCGGGUAUCUUCGACACGUGCUACAACAUGCCGCCGAUGAAGAGGGUGCAGGUGCCGUCGGUGGUGUUCCACUUCGGGGAGGGGAAGGAGCUGAGGCUGCGGCCGAACAACUUCCUCAUGCCAGUGGACUCCAAGGGGAACUUCUGCCUCGCCUUCGCCAAGACGCCGUCGCCGCUGAACAUCAUCGGGAACGUCCAGCACCAGAGGAUGCGCGUCGUCAUCGACAUGGAGAACUCCAUCGUGUCGUUUACCCCCAAUAAGUGUUAAACAUGUUUAAGACUUUUGGUGUCGGUCCGUCCCCAGUGUAGCUAGCCAUGCUCGUUAUGUGUAUGUUGCUAAAAAGAAGUGAAGUAGGUAGGUUGGGAAUGCAACGGACCGGGGAGCACAUCUUCAUGCUAUCAAUAAAUAAAGACGAAAGUAUUUGGUG